UCUCUCUCAGAAGAAAGUUCCUACCACAUGCGUUUGUUGACAAAUUUUUUCUAGUAUUUUUUCCAAGAUAUUAUUAUUAACACCACUUUGAAUACUCACUAUUUACACUGAAAAGUUGUGUUCUGUGCGUAUAAAGGAAUGGUGAAGACAUAAAAGAAGAAUGGUACGUAAGAAGAUAGAUAACCGUAUUCGGGUGUUGAUAGAGAAUGGAGUGGCAGAGAAACACAGAACAAUGUUUGUAGUGAUUGGAGACCAUGCCAAAGAUCAGGUUGUUAUCUUGCAUCAUAUGUUGUCGAAAGCAUCAGUGAAGGCACGACCCUCUGUCCUAUGGUGUUAUAAGAAAGAAUUAGGAUUCAGCAGUCAUAGAAAGAAAAGAAUGCGACAGCUGCAGAAGAAGAUCAAGAGCGGCAAGAUAGAUGUCAAGGAAGAUGACCCCUUUGAGCUGUUCAUAUCGGCAACAGACAUUAGAUACUGUUACUACGCUGAGACACACAAAAUCCUUGGAAAUACAUAUGGAAUGUGUAUUCUACAGGACUUUGAAGCAAUGACCCCAAACUUACUAGCCAGAACAAUAGAGACUGUGGAAGGAGGAGGAAUUAUCACUGUUUUGCUGAACUCCAUGAACUCUUUGAAACAACUCUAUGCAAUGACAAUGGAUGUACAUCUACGGUACAGAACAGAGGCCCAUCAAGAUGUUGUUGGCAGAUUUAAUGAAAGGUUUAUUCUGUCCCUGGCAUCAUGCAAGAAUUGUAUGGUAAUAGAUGAUCAGUUCAACCUUCUACCACUCUCCUCACAUGUGUUGAGCAUACAACCAGUCCCAGCUAAAUCUCUGGAAGAUUCCAUUAGCUCUGCGGAACAAGAGUUACGGGACCUGAAAGAUUCAUUACAAGAUACACAGCCUGUUGGUGCGCUUGUCAAAUGUUGCAAAACACUAGAUCAGGCAAAAGCCCUUCUGAAGUUUGUUGAAGCUAUUUCAGAGAAGACAUUACGCAGCACUGUUGCCAUGACAGCAGCUAGAGGGCGGGGUAAAUCUGCAGCAUUAGGUAUCGCAAUAGCAACAGCAGUGGGGUUUGGAUACUCAAAUAUAUUUGUCACAUCACCUAGUCCAGAAAAUUUGAAAACUUUGUUUGAAUUUAUCUUCAAAGGGUUUGAUGCUCUUGAAUAUCAGGAACAUUUGGAUUAUGAGAUAAUCCAGUCUACUAAUCCAGACUUUAACAAAGCUAUUGUAAGAGUGAAUAUUUUCAGAGAACAUCGUCAAACUGUUCAGUAUAUUCAUCCAUCAGACUCGCACAAAUUGGGUCAAGCAGAGUUAGUGUGUAUAGACGAAGCUGCUGCUAUACCCCUCCCACUUGUGAAAAAUCUCCUCGGACCAUACUUGGUGUUUAUGUCCUCUACUAUAAAUGGAUACGAAGGAACGGGAAGGUCCUUGUCACUCAAACUAAUUCAGCAACUUCGGCAACAGUCUUCCACUUAUGGAGGUGUGACCUCAGAGUUGAAGAAAACUGUUGCCAUGGCAACCAAAUCAGAAGGCACAUCAUCAUCAUCAGGCCGGAUCCUGCAGGAAGUUGUGUUGAAUGAAUCAAUCAGAUACGCUGAUAAUGAUCCUGUAGAGAAGUGGUUAAAUGAUUUGUUGUGUUUAAACGCGACAGACGUGCCUAGAAUAUUGUCUGGUUGCCCGUUACCGGAACUUUGUGAACUGUAUUAUGUAAACAGAGACACACUGUUCUCCUAUCACAAAGCGUCGGAGUCAUUCUUGCACAGGAUUAUGGGACUUUAUGUGUCAUCUCAUUAUAAGAACACACCGAAUGACUUACAGUUGCUAUCAGAUGCCCCAGCUCAUCAUAUAUUUGUACUGCUAGGACCUGUGGACCCAAACCAGUCAACCUUACCUGAAGUCCUGUGUGUUCUACAGGUAUGUUUGGAAGGUGAAAUAUCAAAGUCUUCAAUUAUGAACAGUCUGUCCCGAGGAAAACGGGCAUCAGGAGAUCUCAUUCCAUGGACUGUUUCACAGCAGUUUCAGGACCAUGAUUUCCCGAGUCUUUCAGGAGCCCGUAUUGUUAGAAUAGCCACCCAUCCUGACUAUCAGGGGAUGGGUUAUGGGCGCAGAGCAAUGAAUCUGCUUGAACAGUACUAUCUGGGAAAGAUUCAGAGUAUCUCUGAGGCAAACCUAGAGGAGAAUACCGAGGCUGAAAAUAUGGACGACGAGGACGCAGGUCUCCUUGAGGAGAGAGUAGUGGCGAGGAAACAUUUACCACCACUGUUAAUGAAGCUAAACGAGAGGAAAGCUGAACACCUGGACUAUAUUGGAGUAUCAUACGGCAUGACUUCAGACUUGCUCAGAUUCUGGAAGAAAUGUGGUUUUGUUCCUGUGUAUUUGAGACAGACAGCGAACGAGUUGACAGGUGAACAUUCUUGUAUUAUGCUGAAGUCACUGAGUGCAGACCCAGAGGAGGAGAGUGACUGGUUACCUGCAUUCUGGAAAGAUUUCCGACGUCGAUUCAUCUCACUGUUGUCUUACCAGUUUAGAGAAUUUACCCCGGCAAUGUCACUCAAUGUUCUCCAACAAAAACAGUUCAAAUCUGACAGUAAAAAAACAUUAAAUGCAGCUGAACUGGAGAUAUAUCUAACCAAGUAUGAUAUAAAGAGGCUUGAAUUGUACUCGCAGAACAUGGUAGACUACCAUCUUAUAAUGGAUCUUGUACCAACCCUGGCUAGAAUAUACUUCCUAGAUCUCAUUAAAGUACACCUUAGUGUAGUACAGGGGGGAGUCCUGUUAGGUUUUGGACUGCAACAUAAAACUGUAGAAGACUUGGAGAAACAGCUAGACCUGCCUGCCUCACAGCUUCUGGGGUUGUUCAAUAAAAUCAUACGUAAGAUGGUACAACAUUUCACAGAGAUUAUGGAAAGGGAUGUUGAAAAAGGGAUGGUGGAAAGACAAGAAAUCAACUUAAAUCCAGUAGAGCAAACUAUUGAUGAAGAACUGACUGAAGCUGCCAAAGAAGUAAAAAAGAAAGAGAAGAAAAAGUUAGCAGAAUUACAGGAAGCAGAUCUGGCGCAGUUUGCUAUCAAAGGGUCAGAGGUCGACUGGGAUAAAGCUCUAGGCUCGGGGAAACAAGGGCUUGUCAGUGUUAAAAGUACACUGGUGGAGAAGAAGAGGAAGCAGGAAGAAAGUUCAGCACAGGAACAUAGAGAACAUUCUAAAAAGAAGAAAUUCAAAAAGAAACAUAAACAAUAAUUGAAACGUUAUUUUUAAAGACUUGGAUACUAAAAUUGUUUUGCAGAUAAUUUUAAAAUUUGGAAAAUUCUGACAUCAAGAUUAGAGACUCACUA